UCUCCUCCCUCCGCGAAAGGGUGUGCGUUUUGAAAGGUUCUAUUUAUCUCGCUAACGUCACUUUACAGGAGUACAUUGGCGGAGUGAUAACAUCAGAAGUCACUGUCGGAGCCACGCAUCCUCAUACUGACUGAGUUCAAAGAAGGUCGUGUUCUGUCCGGGACAGGGUACGGCGGCAUACACCCGAUGCAUGGAAUGGAGUUCAUAUAUCUCGGAUCCCCCACAAAUGCAACGUGACAGUUCUAAACGUUUAAUUCAAGGUCAAUAUUGGACUUCGAUCAGCUGUAACCGCGGACAUUAUUAAGGAUAUUUAUCUUCUUGUGGAACCGGAAUGUAUGAGCAGCAUCUUUUUCCCGGUCGGCGGUGAGCAAUGACAUCUUUCACCGAAGAGGUUAUCCUACGCUCCCAGUAUCUAAAACAACAUUUCGGACCAAGUGUUCAAUUAAAAAAAUGGCUAUUUAGGAGAGGAUAUGUAACUAGCUAACUAACAUAGCACUGUAGCCGUGUCUUGAGCUCUCCAGGUCCGGUGUACCUUCGACGUUUCCUGAUUUCACGAAUGGUGUUAGCCAGCUUGCCACAGUACCUGGAACUGCUGCAUCCAUCUCAAAUAGCUUACUAAAGUUUCCUAGCCAGCCAGCCAAUUGUCGAACAUGGAUAUUUUGUGGGUCCUUUGGAAAACCACUUGCUAGUGAGGAAAGUGUGUUCAUUACACGCACACCCCCCCCCUAAAUUCUUUAAGUUAAAAAAACGAAUUUCAACAUGUCUGUUCGCGUAGUUUUACACUCACCCAGUGGCUCCAGAAGUUUUCUGGAGCGCGGACUCCUACUUCUGGUGAUGUUGAUCUUUCUGGAGGGCACCGUACUGACGCUUGGAGCUGCCAGCUCACCGGACAUCAGCGCGCAGGACAACACUGGAGGACACGACCACCGAGGGAUAGCAGGCAGCCACGACCAUACUAACUACACAUACACAAAAAAGGCCUUCCCUGUCCUGUCUCUAGAUUAUCAUCACAUACAGGUGCCUUUCGAGAUCUCUUUAUGGGUGCUGCUGGCCUCUUUAAUGAAAUUAGGGUUCCACCUGAUCCCGCGGCUGUCCAGCAUCGUGCCUGAGUCCUGUCUGCUCAUUGUGGUGGGCCUCCUGGUCGGUGGCCUCAUCAAGCUGGCGGGCGAGGAGGUACCACCCGUGCUGGACUCCAAUCUCUUCUUCCUGUGCCUCCUCCCCCCGAUCAUCCUGGAUGCGGGCUACUUCCUGCCCAUCCGGCCCUUUAUGGAGAACAUUGGCACCAUCCUGAUGUUCGCCGUGGUCGGCACCCUGUGGAACGCCUUCUUCGUAGGGGGUCUCCUCUACGCCGUGUGCCAGAUCGAGGGCACAUACCUGAGCCAGGUGGAGCUGCUGCCCUGCCUGCUGUUCGGGAGCAUCAUCUCGGCCGUGGACCCGGUGGCCGUGCUGGCUGUGUUUGAGGAGAUCCACAUCAACGAGCUGCUGCACAUUCUGGUAUUCGGAGAGUCGCUGCUCAAUGAUGCCGUCACUGUGGUCUUAUACCACCUGUUUGAGGAGUACUCUGGCGCAGGUGAGGUAACGCCGAUGGACGUGGUCCUCGGGGUCAUCUGCUUCCUGAUUGUGUCGCUGGGCGGCAUCGCCGUGGGCGCCAUCUACGGUAUCCUGGCGGCCUUCACCUCCCGGUUCACCUCGCACACCCGCGUCAUCGAGCCCCUCUUCAUGUUCGUUUACAGCUACAUGGCUUACCUCUCGGCGGAGAUGUUCCACCUGUCUGGAAUUAUGGCGCUGAUUGCGUGUGGCGCGGUGAUGCGUCCCUACGUGGAGGCCAACAUAUCCCACAAGUCCCACACCACCGUCAAGUACUUCCUGAAGAUGUGGAGCAGCGUGAGCGAGACCCUCAUCUUCAUCUUCCUGGGCGUGGCCACGGUGGCCGGGCCGCACGCCUGGAACUGGACCUUUGUCUCCGUCACCGUCAUCCUUUGUCUGGUGUCACGUGUCAUUGGCGUGGUGGGCCUUACCUUUAUCAUCAACAAGUUCCGCAUCGUCAAGCUGACCACCAAGGACCAGUUCAUUGUGGCCUACGGUGGCCUGCGAGGGGCCAUCGCCUUCUCCCUGGGCUACCUGCUAGACAAGGACCUCUUCCCCAUGAGGACCAUGUUCCUCACCGCCAUCAUUACCGAAAUCUUCUUCACCGUGUUUGUACAGGGCAUGACUAUCAAACCCCUGGUGGACCUGUUGGCCGUGAAGAAGAAGCAGGAGGCCAAGCGCUCCAUCAAUGAGGAGAUCCACACCCAGUUCCUGGACCACCUGCUGACUGGCAUUGAGGACAUCUGUGGACACUACGGCCAUCACCACUGGAAAGACAAGCUAAACCGCUUCAACAAGAAGUACAUAAAGAAGUGCCUGAUAGCGGGCGAACGCUACAAGGAGCCGCAGCUCAUCGCCUUCUACCACAAGAUGGAGUUCAAGCAGGCCAUCGAGCUGGUGGAGAGCGGCGGGGGCGUCAAGCUGCCCUCCGCCGUGCCCUCGCAGGUCUCCAUGCAGAACAUCCAGCCCAAGAAGCUGCCGCCCCCUGUAGCAGAGCGGGCCCUGCCUCAGUUCACCAAGGGCCGUGAGGAGGAGAUCAGGAAGAUCCUCAGAAGUAACCUGCAGAAGACCCGCCAGAGGCUGCGCUCCUACAACAGACACACUCUGGUGGCCGAUCCCUUUGAGGACGGAUGGAACGACUUCCUCCUGAAGAAGCAGAGGUUGAUCGAGCUAGAGAAGAAGAUGACAGAGAUGAGUAACUACCUCACAGUCCCUGGCGCAAUUCCCGACUCCCCCACCAUGUGCAGAGCCAGACUGGCCUCAGACCCCAACGCCUUCUACAACAUCAAGGCGUCUUCAGACGGCGUCCCCACCAUCCAGGUGGACCUGGCCUCCCCCCAGUCCCCGGACUCUGUCAACAUGCUGAACGAGUUCUCCAAGGAGGGUCACACGGGCCAGGGCCUGGGUCAGAGGGAGGGUGCCACGGGCAAGGGCCUGGGUCAGAGGGAGGGUGCCACAGGCCAGGGCCUGGGUCAGAGGGAGGGUGCCACGGGCCUGGGCCUGUGUCAGAGGGAGGGGGCCGACCGGGAUGAGGACCAAGGCCUGAUGAUGAAGCCGGCCGGGAAAGGGGAGAAGGGAGAGGAAGAGGGGGGCAACAAGAACCCAGGGCUGAUGAGGUGUCUGAGUGACCCGGGACCCAGUAAUGAGGACGAGGAGGAUGAACCAUUCCUUCCCUAAAAAUAACUGACUAGCUCCUCCCAUUGUGAGGAAUAGGGAGGGGCCUGGUUGUAGCGGCUCCUCCCCAUGAGCGGGGCAUUACAGGGGAAAGGUCCACCUCCUCUCACUCCACCACCACCUCAUUUGAGUUUGCUAUCCCAUUGGUUGAGGAACAAAUAAAGCCAAAACUGUUAAGAAA